CGCCAUUUUUUUUUCUAAAUGUACUUUGCCAAGAUGGGAGUGUGCGCAAUUUAUGGCGUUUUUUGACUCCGUGGUUAAUGGUUUUUCAAAGUAAACGAAGAAAAAGAAGAAGAAAAAAAGAAAAUUUUCAUUUUCACGGCGUACAAUGGACGCCUGUGGAAGUGAUAACUUGACCCCUGGACCCACAGUGUCAGUGAAGGAGGAAAUUAGUGAACAAUUAACAACAGUGAAUGAACAAAAUGUAUCAAUAACUGAACAACAAACAAGUUGCAGCAGUGAGCUAAUAGACAAUGAUCAACAAAUUGAAUGCACAACAGAAGGUCAUGAAAGUGAUAUUCGUGCAUUAUUGGCAAAAUGUGUUGUUUGCAAUAAAACCUUCACCUCGACCGAUAACCUUAAACUUUUAGAAUGCCUUCAUACAAUUUGUUCCGCAUGUGUCACUGAAAAAUCUAAUAAUGAACAUAACACAUCAGUGGAUACUGAAGUUCUCUUGGAGACGAAUGUUAUUGCCUGCACGUCUUGCAAUGUGUCGAGCCAAUUGGAUAAUUUGAUUGAAAAUCAAUUCAUCUCGAAGGUUAUUCAAGAGGAAUGUAAUGCGGGUCCUGAAGAAGAAAAUAAGGAUGGCGAGGAGGAGAAACAGUGCACAAGUUGUAGCGAGGAUGCACGAGCCACGAGCUAUUGCAUCGAUUGCGAGGAGUUUAUUUGUGAAAAUUGUGUUAUGGCACAUCAAAGGUUAAAAAUUACUAAAGAUCAUACAAUUCAACCAAGAGGAUCAGUCGCCAAUGAUGACAGUGCAAAAAAGGUGGAGAAAAAAAAUCAGGGUUAUUUAUAUUGUGUUAUUCAUCCUCACGAACAAUUGUCCUUGUUUUGUCAAACAUGUGAUCGACUUACGUGUCGUGAUUGUCAACUCACUGAUCAUCGUGAUCACAAAUACAAUUUUAUCCACGAAAUUGCUGCCACAACGCGUACUUCAGUUUCCACAUUAUUAAAAGAAGUUAGUUAUAAAAGAGUUUUGUUAAAAAGUGCGAUGAAAGUAAUAGAAGAUAGACAAGUUUUAAUAUUGGAGAAGAAGAAAAAUUUAGUUCAAGAUAUUACAAAUAUGGUUGUACAAUUAACUAAUGCAAUCAAUGUUAGAAGUAAGCAAUUAGUAAUGCGUCUAAACGAGGUUUGCGACCAAAAACAAAAUACUUUAAAUGAAAAGAAAACCGCCUUGGACCAAUUAUCAAAAUUAACGGACCAUUGUAUUCAGUUUGUCAGCUAUGCUUUAGAUAAAGGAUCCGAUGUUGAGCUCCUCUACAGUAAAAAAUCAAUCACGAGUCACUUGCAGCGGAUAAAAAGUAAAAGGGCGGAUAUUCCAAAUCCUGAAAUUCCCGUGAGAAUAAAUCUCUCGUUAGAAAGGUUGCCUGAUAUCAAAAAAGUUCUAUCGUCGAUAGGAGGCAUUGUGGUUGAUGGGAGAGUUUAUCCAUCAACAACGACAACAACACCAAAUUCAGCGCCAGAGAAAGUUUCGACGCCCGUUCCUGUGCCCGAGCAGCCAGCUAAGCAACCAACUCCUCAUCCACCUGCUCACGUUGACGCUCAACCACCAUUACCACCACCUCCUCCCCCGAUGGCUGCUGGUCCCCAUCAAAUGAAUUCGAUGCCACCUCACGCGAACAAUAUGCAACAAAAUUAUCAGCGAAUAAUGUCCCAUCAUUUGCCACCCCAACAACAACAACAAAUGGGUCCAUCUCCUCAUCAAGUACCACCUCAACAUCAAGUUCCGCCCCAACAUCAACAACAACCGCCUCAGCAUCCACAACAACAACAACAACCACCCCAACAUCCACAACAACUCCAACCCCACGUACAAAAUCACAUGCAACAUUACCCCUCACACAACAUGCCCCCACGCUCAUCACCCCAAAAUCGCAUGCCCUACAAUACAAAUUUCACCAACAGUAUGCAGAGCAUGCUAAUGCCCCAAAACACCGGCCUCACGGCUCAUCAGCAGCAGGUCACAUCAUCCACCCACCCCCAUCAACAAGUGCAUUUCGAUCAAAUGAAUUCAAACGCAAAUCUCCGCAACCUUCUCGCCUAUCGUCCCCAAUCGCAACCCCAACCGAAUCCCAUGCACUACCGAAUGCCCCCCACCGGUCGCUAUCCAAUGCCCGGACCCCAACAAAGGCCAAUGAUGGGCCACGGUUACUCACCCAACACUCCACCAAUGGUUCGCCUACCACCCUACAACAAUGCCAAUGUCAAUCAACAUCUAAAUUAUCCCCAUCAACAACAACAACAACAGCAACAACAACAGCAGCAACAACAACAGCAACAACAACAGCAACAAGCAGCACGAUGGCAUAUUCCACAAAAUAUGAAUCCCUGUCUUCCACAUCCCGCGCGACAACAAUCAAUGCCUUCAAUGCAAGUUCCUCACAAUGAUAGUUACAAAAUUACACUAAAAAACCCACCGGCUUAUAAUAAUAAUGAGAGAUUUCCAAAUAUAAAUCAAGCUCUACAUACUUCCAAUCAAUCGGCAAAUUCACCAUCGUCGGGGCAGACAAUUAGUUCGUCGAUGCCAAAAACGCCGAGUCCAACAUUACUGGAAAAAUGUGACGAGAUGGAAAAGAAUUUGGAUAAAUUUUGUCAAAAAAACAUGAAUGAUUUAAUGAUGACAAUCGCUAAAUUGGACAGUAAUGGAAUUGUCGUCAUUCCAGAGGAGCAGAAGAAUCAAAUGGACUCGAGUCAAGUUGAUAGUUCCACUGAUGAAGGUAUUCAUUCUAUUGGUUCAGGAAGUGUUCAAAGUUCCUUGAGUACUGCUAAAAGUACGCCAACAUCGAUAUCAAAAGACGAUCCAAAUGAAGAUUGGUGCGCUGUUUGUAUGGAUGGAGGUGAAGCAGUUCUUUGUUGUGAUAAAUGUCCAAAAGUCUUCCACUUAUUUUGCCACAUACCUGGAUUAAAAACAUUUCCCGACGAAAGUGAAACAUGGCAGUGUAUGUUGUGUACAAAUGUGUUGGACUCCUCGGACGAUCCUGUUGGUGAGAAGCGUCCAAAUUGUAUGACUGCACGUGAAUUGAGAAUAGCGCAAAGAAUAGUACUCGAACUUUACUGUCAAUACGAACAAAGUCUACCAUUUAGAGAAGUUGUUUCACCUGAGCAGAUUCUCGAGUACCACAAAAUUAUCAAGAAGCCAAUGGCUCUGGAUAUUAUUAGAAAUAAAUUGAAAACUGACAAUCCCGAGCAUUACACAGAUUUAAGACACGUUAUGGCUGAUAUACGAUUGAUGUUCAAAAACGCUUUCACAUACAAUCCUGUUGAAUCGCAAAUUUAUCAGGAAGCCCGUAAUUUAGAAGAAUUUUUUGAGAAAUUAUUACUAAAAUGGGCGCCAAGUUACGCUUAUGACGAUCCUUUCCUUGCGGCUGAAGGUGAUGAGGACGAGGAACUUGCCCCACCAAACAGGAAAUACCGUCGCAUUAUCAGUGAUUAAAGUAAAAAAAAAAAGAAAAAGAAAACUUCUGCCUUAUUUGUUUAAUUAAAUUAUAUAUUAUGCGUAAUGAUAGAAAUUUUUAGAUUAAAAAAUAGAGAAUUAUUAUCUGGAUUGAAAUUGUUUGAAUCGUAAUUCAAUUACAUUUUGCGAAUUAAAUCAAAAUUAAUCCAUUUAAUACAUUGGUUAAUAAUUAAUAUUUUUCGACUUUUUACAAAAAAAAAACACACUUUUUCAUAAAUACUAUUUGACACUGUAUUUUUCAUUAAAUAAUUUAAUGGAAUUACAAAUUUUCGAUUUGACUGUUGCAAUUUGAAAGUCGAAAAAUAUGAAACAAAAAAAAAAAGAAAUAUCAAAAUAAUGACAAACAAUCAAUUGUUUCUUUUUAGAUUAUUUUGAAAUUUUAAAAUAUUCACUUUAAAGUAUUUUUCUUUUCUAUGUUAGAUUCUGCAGAAUAGAUAGUUUAAAUAUUUUGCAACUAAUGCGAAUUUAUUAAUUAGAGAACAAAUUUUUGAAAGGGAAUGCUUUUGGUAGUUUUUUUGGGUUUUAUGUAGAAAUAAUUCUUGUAAAAAUAACAAUUACGAUUGU